AUGGAGAAUGUUGGUGUUGAGGAUACAAGUGGGAGAUUCAUUCCAAAGAUAACGUUGCCUUCGAGUGACUCAGCGGUUUUAGUAGAGCCCACCAAAAGGUCAUGCUGCUUGCUUGGAGUCCACAAGAUUGACAGAUCCCUAACGUUCGAAGAGGAAGAGAAAUAG